CAGCCCAGAAAUGUGCAGCCUUUUAGUGAUGAAGAUGCUUCGAUUGAAACUAUGAGCCACUGCAGUGGCUUCAGUGAUCCUGCUAGCUUCACUGAGGAUGGGCCCGAAGUUGAUGAAGAAGCCACUCAAGAAGAUUUAGAAUACAAAUUGAAGGGAUUUAUUGAUCUUACAUUGGACAAGAGUGCAAAGACGAGACAAGCAGCUCUUGAAAGUCUGAAAAGUGCUUUUUCUUCUAAAAUACUGUAUGAAUUUGUCAUGGAGAGGAGAAUGACACUAGCUGAUAGCAUUGAACGCUGCAUAAAGAAAGGUAAGAGCGAUGAACAGUGUGCGGCCGCCGGGCUGGCCUGUCUUCUGUGUGUACAGAUGGGGUCAGGAAUUGAAAGUGAAGAGAUUUUUAAGACCCUUGGUCCGGUUCUGAAGAAGAUUGUCUGCGAUGGAACAGCCAGUAUCCAAGCCAGACAGGCUUGUGCAACCUGCUUAGGCAUUUGCUGUUUCAUUGUCACUGAUGACAUUACGGAGCUGUAUUCUACUAUGGAAUGCCUGGAAAACAUCUUCACAAAGGCCUAUCAGCGAGAUAGAGACACUAAUGGUGUAUCAAGUACCCAUAAUACUGUGCUUCACAUCAGUGCUCUCUUAGCGUGGACACUCUUGCUGACUAUUUGUCCAAUGAAUGAAGUGAAGAAGAAAAUUGAAAUGCACUUGCAUAAACUCCCAAGCCUCCUGUCUUGUGAUGAUCUCAACAUGAGAAUAGCUGCUGGAGAAACACUAGCCCUUCUGUUCGAACUGGCACGCGAAACGGAUGCUGAUUUCUUUUAUGAAGAUAUGGAACUUCUAACAGAGAAACUAAGAGCUCUGGCUACUGAUGGAAACAAGCACCGGGCCAAAGUAGAUAAAAGAAAGCAGCGAUCUGUCUUCAGAGAUGUUCUGCGAGCUGUUGAGGAGCGUGACUUUCCUACAGAGAUGGUUAAGUUUGGACCUGAGCGCAUGUAUAUUGACUGCUGGGUUAAAAAACAAACUUACGAUACCUUCAAGGAGAUUCUGGGGUCAGGGAUGCAAUAUCAUUUGCAGUCAAAUGACUUUCUUCGGAAUGUGUUUGAGCUUGGUCCACCUGUGAUGCUAGAUGCUGCAACUCUUAAAACAAUGAAGAUAUCUCGUUUUGAAAGGCACUUGUACAACUCUGCAGCAUUCAAGGCUCGGACAAAGGCUAGAAGUAAAUGUCGUGAUAAAAGAGCAGACGUGGGAGAAUUUUUCUAGAUCUUCUUUUUCAUAGGGUUUGAGUUUCAGAAUUAAAAUAGAUUUGUAACCUUUAAAUGAUUUUUUUUAAAAAAAAAAUAAAAUUCUGUAGUCAUAGUUUUCACUUGUGCACAGGGAUAUUGUAUAAAGCCUGUAAAUAUAAUGCAUGUUGUUGCUUUGUUGCAUAUGCGCUGUAUAUAGAUGGGUGUAAGAUUGGGUGCUGGGGUUCGUU